AUGUCUGAUCAAGACAGUAAUCCGAACAAAUACAGUAAACUGCGAAGUAUCUACAAAUACUACAUUGAUUCAUACGAUGCAUUGUAUCAGUUGAAAACGGAAAAAGAAGAAGAUUUAAACUCGAUUUACAAAAUGAUCAAAACGAAUUUGAUUGAUUCAAAGAAAUGUCUUCCCCAAAUUAUAAUAAAAGAUAUUUUGGAUAUCAUUCCGUAUAAUAAUCGCUAUACAAAGUCAUAUUUAUAUCUUGCCAAACUCGUAUCAGAUGAUUAUCAAAUCAAAGAGGUCGACAAUGUUGAACUUGUUUCAAACUUUUUGUUUUACAAAGAAUAUGACAUUAAAUUAGACAAGUCUGCUAAUUUCGAAAAAAAUGAUUUAGAAAAUCUCGACCUUCUUAAAGAAAAUACAAUUUACAGAGCAAUUAUGAAUAAUGACUUAGAAGUAUUCAUUUCAUUCACUGAAAGGGAAGAAUUUGAUGAAAAUCAAAAACUUAGAAGUAGUUUAUAUCCAUAUUUUUACUAUGGAUACUACUUACUUGAAUUAUGUUGCUAUCAUGGAGCAGUUGAUUGUUUCAAGUUCUUAAUAACUAAAUUUAACUCGGAGAUAACAAAAAGAUGUCUCAGAUUUUCAUUUUUGGGAAGAAAUCAAGAGAUAAUGAGUGAAUGUUUGAAACAACAAGAACCAGAUAAAGAAUGCAUGAAAUAUGCAAUUAUUUCACAUAACAUUGAUUUUGUAACCUUCUUAGUGAAUGAGUACAUCAUGAGUAUCGACUUAUCUGCUUGCAAAAAAUAUAAUAAUCUUGAUUCAUUUUUAGUUUUUUACGAUCAAACUAAUCUUUUAAUCAGCUGCUUGAUUUUUUCAACGAUGUUUAAUAUUCCAUCCCUUUGCGAAUAUUUCCUUUCAUUAGGUGUAGAUAUCAAUAAAAACUUUUAG